UGGACAGAAUAACUCUAAAUUUUGUUUAAAAAUGACAUCCCAAUUAUAGAAUUUACGUUUGUUUAUGAUAAUGAAUCCUUCGACUUUGGCAUCUCCGCUUCUAAGCUAAACUAGUCCUUGGUGUCAACGUAAGAUACUUUUGUUUCUGUAUGUUUUCUCUUAUUUAACUUCAAAAUUUUCAACUCGAGAUUAAGAAUGACUCUUUUUAUUGUUCUCCAAUAAAGUUUUGUAUCAAUUGUUUUUUCUUUCUUUUUCAAUGGCUUCAAUCUCAAAUUUGACUCAGUUUUCACUUCAAAAAUCAAGAUUUUCAAGUUUACAUACAAGUAGACAAGUUAUUUCAAGAGCCCAUCACUUAGAAUUUUCUCCAAAAAAGAUUGAAUCUUUUACAGCACCAGUAAAAUUUGCUGGAAAAUCACUGGGAAUUUCAGGGCUGAAUCAUAUAUUGAAGCACCGUGAAUCUUGUAUUGCAAAAGCUGCAGCAGCUGAUGCAGAGGGUCAUGAGAUUGAAAUUUCUAGUGGGUCUUCUAAGAGCUUUGCACAGAGAUUUCCAGCUCUUGUUACUGGAUUCUUUUUCUUUACAUGGUACUUCCUGAAUGUUAUAUUCAAUAUACUUAACAAGAAGGUCUAUAAUUAUUUCCCAUAUCCAUAUUUUGUCUCAGUUGUGCAUCUUCUAGUCGGAGGGGUAUAUUGUCUUCUCAGCUGGGGUGUUGGCCUACCAAAACGUGCCCCGAUUGACAAGGAGCUCUUAGCACUCCUCACUCCGGUAGCAUUUUGUCAUGCUCUCGGACAUGUCAUGUCAAAUGUAUCGUUUGCAGCUGUCGCUGUAUCUUUUACACAUACCAUCAAGGCCUUAGAGCCAUUCUUCAAUGCUGCUGCUUCUCAGUUCAUUUUAGGCCACCAAAUACCAUUUUCCUUGUGGCUGUCCUUGGCCCCGGUUGUGAUUGGUGUGUCCAUGGCAUCACUGACGGAACUUUCAUUUAACUGGACUGGUUUCAUUAGUGCAAUGAUUUCGAACAUUGCAUUUACUUACAGAAGUAUUUAUUCGAAGAAAGCCAUGACGGGAAUGGACAGCACUAACGUGUACGCAUACAUUUCAAUAAUAGCUCUCCUGUUUUGCCUCCCACCCGCUAUAUUGAUUGAAGCUCCUCAGCUGAUGCAGUAUGGAUUCAAGGAUGCAAUUGCUAAAGUUGGCCUGAACAAGUUCUUGUCCGAUCUUUUCUGGAUUGGAAUGUUCUAUCAUUUGUACAAUCAGGUAGCCACAAACACUUUGGAAAGGGUUGCACCUCUUACACAUGCUGUUGGUAAUGUGUUGAAGCGAGUUUUCGUGAUCGGGUUCUCAAUUGUGGUAUUUGGCAAUAGAAUCUCCACACAAACUGGGAUUGGCACGGCAGUAGCCAUCGCUGGAGUUGCAAUCUAUUCCCUUAUCAAAGCAAACAUUGAGGAACAAAAACGGAAGGCUGCUCAAACUAACGCAUCCUAGUGUUUCAAAAGUUGGAUCAACCGAGGCUGCAUGCAAUUUCUUAUCGACUGUAAUAAAAUAAGCGACUGGAGAGAAGAAAUCGCAAAGUGCUCGAUCAAGAAUAGAACAUUCUUGAUAGUUUGUGAAAAUUUCUCGUUUACUGUAAAUGCGUGCAACCUUUUUUCACUUUUAACAACCCCCACAAAAAAAAAAAAAAAAAAAAAAGGAAAUGAUAUUGAUGUACAAGAAAUAACAUUACUUAAAAUUAAAUUUAUGUUACUUUUAAGAAAUUCAAUGAAGAAUGUGGUAGUAACCCCACUGCCACACACAAGUAAACAUUAUUCAAUAAGAACUAUGGGAUUAAAUUGCAAAAUUCACUAUCUUAAUUACUUACAUUUAUGUCCUCUAGCAAUCAGUCAAGAAUCACAGUUGUUUAGUACAAGCAAAAUUCAAUUACAAAUAAAAUAAAUGAAUAUGGAAAUUUAAAAAAAAAAAAA